CAGCGGGCGCCGCCAGGACCGGAUGAAGAGACGCGGAGGGGAAGUUUGGCCGCCGCGGGCGCUGUGAGGAGGAGGUGGGAGAGCGGGAGCGCCGUUCUCCCCAACCCCGUUCCGCCGCCAUGGGGAACCGGGGCAUGGAGGAGCUGAUCCCGCUGGUGAAUAAGCUGCAGGACGCGUUCAGCUCCAUCGGGCAGAGCUGCCACCUCGACCUGCCGCAGAUCGCUGUGGUGGGCGGGCAGAGCGCGGGGAAGAGCUCCGUGCUCGAGAACUUCGUGGGCCGGGAUUUCCUUCCGCGAGGAUCCGGAAUCGUCACCCGGCGGCCGCUCAUCCUGCAGCUCAUCUUCUCCAAGACAGAAUAUGCGGAAUUUUUGCACUGCAAAUCCAAAAAGUUCACGGAUUUCGAUGAGGUGCGGCAGGAAAUCGAAGCCGAAACGGACCGCGUGACGGGAACCAACAAAGGAAUCUCCCCCGUCCCCAUCAACCUCCGCGUCUACUCCCCACACGUGCUGAACCUGACCCUGAUCGACCUCCCGGGAAUCACCAAAGUGCCGGUGGGGGAUCAACCGCAGGACAUCGAGUACCAAAUCAAGGAGAUGAUCCUGCAGUUCAUCAGCAGGGAGAGCAGCCUCAUCCUCGCCGUCACGCCGGCCAACAUGGAUUUGGCCAACUCCGACGCCCUCAAGAUGGCCAAAGAGGUGGAUCCGCAAGGUCUGCGGACGAUCGGCGUCAUCACCAAACUGGACCUGAUGGACGAAGGCACCGACGCUCGCGACGUUCUGGAGAACAAACUCCUCCCCCUACGAAGAGGCUACAUCGGAGUGGUCAACCGCAGCCAAAAGGACAUCGACGGCAAAAAGGACAUCCGAGCGGCGUUGGCCGCCGAACGCAAGUUCUUCCUUUCGCACCCGGCUUACCGGCACAUGGCCGACCGGAUGGGCACUCCGCACCUCCAGAAGGUUCUCAACCAGCAACUCACCAACCACAUCCGGGAGACGCUGCCGGCGCUGCGCAGCAAACUCCAAAGCCAACUCCUCUCGCUGGAGAAGGAGGUGGAGGAGUACAAGAACUUCCGUCCCGAUGAUCCCACGCGGAAAACCAAAGCUUUGUUACAGAUGGUCCAACAGUUUGGUGUGGACUUUGAGAAGCGCAUCGAAGGUUCAGGAGACCAAGUGGACACGUUGGAACUUUCCGGAGGGGCCAGAAUCAACCGCAUCUUCCACGAGAGGUUUCCCUUUGAGUUAGUGAAGAUGGAGUUUGACGAGAAGGACCUGAGGCGAGAAAUCAGCUACGCCAUCAAGAACAUCCACGGAGUGCGGACCGGACUCUUCACUCCGGACUUGGCCUUCGAGGCCAUUGUGAAGAAGCAGGUGGUGAAGCUGAAGGAGCCGUGUUUGAAAUGCGUCGAUCUCGUUAUCCAGGAGUUAAUUAACACCGUCCGGCAGUGCACCUGUAAGCUUGGUUCCUAUCCGCGCUUACGGGAGGAGACAGAGAGGAUCGUUACCACUCACAUCAGGGAACGGGAAGGCAAAACCAAGGACCAGAUCCUUCUGCUGAUCGACAUCGAACUCUCCUACAUCAACACCAACCACGAAGACUUCAUCGGAUUUGCCAACUGUUACACAGAGCAGCACGUGGCGACAGGCGCUCAGCAGAGGAACACACAGGCCAACAAGAAAAGGGCCAUUCCCAACCAGGGUGAGAUCCUGGUGAUCCGUCGGGGCUGGUUGACCAUCAACAACAUCAGCAUCAUGAAAGGCGGCUCCAAGGAAUAUUGGUUCGUGUUGACGGCCGAGUCGCUAUCGUGGUACAAAGACGAAGAGGAGAAGGAGAAGAAGUACAUGUUGCCUUUGGAUAACUUGAAAAUCAGGGAUGUGGAGAAGGGCUUCAUGUCCAACAAACACGUCUUCGCCAUCUUCAACACGGAGCAAAGGAACGUGUACAAGGAUCUCCGUCAGAUCGAGCUGGCCUGCGAUUCCCAAGAAGACGUGGACAGCUGGAAAGCCUCCUUCCUCCGAGCCGGAGUUUACCCGGAAAAAGACCAAACGGAGAACGAGGACGGCGCCCAGGAGAACACCUUCUCCAUGGAUCCCCAACUGGAGCGCCAGGUGGAGACCAUCCGCAACCUCGUCGACUCCUACGUCGGCAUCAUCAACAAAUCCAUCCGGGAUCUUAUGCCAAAGACGAUAAUGCACCUCAUGAUCAACAACACCAAGGAUUUCAUCCACUCGGAGCUCCUGGCGUACCUUUACUCCUCGGCCGACCAGAGCAGCCUGAUGGAGGAGUCGGCCGACCAAGCGCAGCGGCGCGACGAGAUGCUCCGCAUGUACCACGCCUUGAAGGAGGCGCUCAGCAUCAUCGGCGACAUCAGCACCAGCACCGUCUCCACGCCGGUGCCGCCGCCCGUCGACGACACGUGGCUGCAGGCCAGCGGCGGCCACAGCCCUCCGCCGCAGCGCCGGCCGCACUCCGCCAUCCUCCCUCCGGGUCGGCCGCCGGCCGUGCGGGGUCCGACGCCGGGGCCGCCGUUGAUCCCCAUUCCGGCCGGGGGUCCUUCCUUCGCCGCUCCGCCCAUCCCCUCACGCCCCGGACCCCAAAACAUCUUCGCUGCUAACAACGACCCUUUCGCGGCGCCGCCACAGAUCCCCUCGCGGCCGGCGCGCAUCCCGCCCGGCAUCCCGCCCGGCGUGCCCAGCAGAAGGCCUCCGGCUGCGCCGAACCGACCCACCAUCAUCCGCCCGGCCGAGCCCUCCCUGUUGGAUUAACGCGGCUUCACCCAUCGCUCCCUUUCCCGAUUAUUUUUUUUUGGGAAAGAGAGGGGAAAAAGGGGAAAACCACCGAACCCAACCUGCCUCGAAUCUCACUGCUUUUCACCCCAUCCUCCCGCCCAUCCGGUUUCGCCGCGGCUGAGCCUUUACGGAACGCCGCAGCCGCUCUCGGCGCCGGCACCAGAAUUCCCGCUCCGUAAUCCGGGAGCGGAAAAGCCGAAGGAUAAGGAUAAUUUUUUCUAUUUUUUGGGGUUGAAUAUUGCACUUUGUCAGAAAUUCCCUCUUCGUUUCUCCCCAGAACGUUCCGGACCGGGCGGUUCCGAGGCUGUACCCCACGUUAUUCCCGGAGUUUGGGGCCGAUCCCAUCGAUUCGCUUCCUUCCCCAUUUUUUUGGAGUUUUUUUUCCUCCCUUUUGAGAAUUGUUUUGUAUUAAUAUAUUAUAUAUAAAACUUAGCGAUGUUUUUUUGGGAGAGGGUUUCUCUCCCGAUCCCGAAGGCGAUUGCUAAUCCGUGGCCUUGAUCCCAACUUUUUCUCGCUCGGAGAUAACUUUCUCUUUGGAAAACGAUGGGAUUUGCGAAGGAGCCAUUUCCUCAUCGAUCCAAUCCGCCGCGAAGCCGCUUCGCCGCCGAACCUCAGGUAUUUGGGCCACUCGGAGCCGGGAAACACACCGGGAAUAACGCCCGGAAAACGAGAUCGGGAUGGAGGAUCCCUCCCAAUCCCAACCCAACGGCUUUGCCGGCGCCGACAAAGAGGAAAAGAGCCUUUUUUUUUCCAACCCAAGAGGGAUAAACUCUUCCCGAGGGAUAAUCCCACGGGAAAACCGCGACGUCUCGGGUUGGGAUCACGGUUGGGAGUUUCGCUCCGGGCGCCGCCGCGUUUGCCGCAGCCGCCGGUGCCUUUCCCGUUACGCCGGGACGCAAAAGGUGUAAAUAUUCCUUACGGACUGUGGGAAUUGUAUAAAAAGAAGGAAAAAAGAAGAAAAAAAAAAGCAAAAAAGCAGGAAAAGGACAAAAAAAAGAGCCUUUCCCGCCCCCCCAAAUAACGUCGGGUUUGGAAGCGUCGCCGACUGCGGCGUUGCCUUCAGCGCGACGAGGGGGUCCCUAAUUAAUCCAUUAACGAGCUCGGCUCCCGCCGGGCACCCCGUGAUCCCGUUGGCAUUCCCGGUGCUGCCGUUGUUUUCCGGCUCCGGGGGGGGCCCUGCCUGGCGUUCGCCCCCCGCUCGCGGCCUCGCGGGGUCUCCCCCGUAAGUGCCUCCGUCUGUACCGUUAAUGAACUAAAACCCAAUUAAAGAAAGGGAA